GUUUCUUCAGGAAGAUAAAAUGGAGAAGCUUGAGGAGACUGUUGAAAAGUAUCCUUGUGCCUUCCCUUGUUGGGUUGGGCCCUUUCAGGCAUUUUUCUUUAUCUAUGACCCAGACUAUGCAAAGACAUUUCUGAGCAGAACAGACCCCAAGUCCCAGUACCCAUACAGGUUCAUGACUCCGUGUCUUGGAAAAGGACUCUUGAAUCUAGAUGGGCCCAAGUGGUUCCAGCAUCGUCGACUACUGACUCCUGGAUUCCAUUGUGAUAUCCUGAAAACAUAUGUCGAUAUGAUGGCCCAUUCUGUGAAUACGAUGUUGGAUAAGUGGGAGAAGAUUUGCAGCACUCAGGACACAGCCAUGGAGGUUUUUGAACACAUCAACUUGAUGGCCCUGGACAUAAUCAUGAAAUGUGCUUUCAGCCGGGAGACCAACUGCCAGACAAAUGGCUCCCUUGAUCCUUAUGUAAAAGCAACGGUUGAACUCCGCAAAAUUAUAUUUUAUCGCAUGUACAAUUUCUGGCACCACCAUGACAUAAUUUUCAAGUUCAGCCCUAAUGGCCACCUCUUCCAAGAGUUAAGCAAAGUGCUACAUCAACACACAGAAAAGGUAAUCCAGGACAGAAAAAAACCCCUCAAGGCUGGAAUGAAGCAGGAUAACACUCAAAAGAAAAAGUACCAGGAUUUCCUGGAUAUUAUCCUUUCUGCCCAGGCUGAAAAUGAAGACAGCUUCUCCAAUGCUGACCUGCGGUCCGAGGUGAACACGUUCAUGUUGGCUGGGCAUGACACCUCGGCUGUGAGCCUCUCCUGGCUCCUCUACUGCCUGGCUCUGAACCCUGAGCAUCAGGAGAGAUGCCGGGAAGAGAUCAGGAGCAUCCUAGGGGACGGAUCUUCCAUCACCUGGGACCAGCUGGGUGAGAUGUCAUACACCACAAUGUGCAUCAAGGAGACGUUCCGAUUGAUUCCUCCAGUCACGUCCAUUUCCAGAGAACUCAGCAAGCCCCUUACCUUCUCAGAUGGACGCUCCUUGCCUGCAGGUCUUUGUAUUCUUUUCCUAAGCAGUUCCUAGAGACCAUGGGAUCUUGGGGACCACAGUGACAAUGAUUGGUGGGUUUCUACCCUCAGGGCCUCUGGCUUAUGGUUAGGCAUCUAUCAAUAGCUCAGAGGAUAAUUCCUUGAUCAGAUUUCAGUUUCAGUGACUUUCCCAAGGCACGUAGCCAGUUACUGCAAAGCUAAGCUCAUAACCUACAUUUCUAGAAUCCAGCCCAGGCUUUCUCCCAUUGUAAGGUAUUUUUCUAAGAUAAUAUUUGUUAGGCUGAUUUUGAGACCCAGAUGAGACUUCAUGGGAGAUGAGCAUCAUUAUCUUAUUCUGAGAGGCCCAGAGGGAUUUAUUUUUUUGCCUCAUCAUCAUAAUAUCACCCUAAGUUUGAAACAUUUAAUAUACAUAGGGCCUUCAAACAUUUUCUCAUUUUCACCCCUUGGAAUUUGACUUCUACAGUGUUUUACAGUUUAAAAAAAUUUUUUAAAUACUUUUGAUGUCACCAAUAACCUGGGAGAACCCCAAUGUACAGAUGAGGUUAAUUGAUAUAAGCAAAGCUAAAAUUCAUGCAGACGCCCCAUACUCCAAGCUUAGGUUUCUGGG